CAGGGUCUUGACUUGCGUGAUAUCACUCUCGUCAUUCAAUGGGGAUAUACGCCAUCGCUAUGCACAUUAAUGCAGAGACUUGGACGUGCAGCGCGAGACCCGUUACUAACAGCACUUGCAGUAUACUUUGUCGAGCCAAUGUAUUUUGAU